GUCCUCACGUGCACGGCGCCGUCCAGCGCGCGGUAUUUUGGCAGCCGGCGCGUUCCGUAGCGAGGCCGGCGAGCGGGGUCGAAGGUCGCGGGGCGGGGCCAGCGUCGGUUGCCGCCUCAGCGGGCGCCUCCUUUUCAUCCCUCAUCUCUCAUCCUCGGCGCUCUAGCGGAGUCGGAGCUGCGGGUCCGUGAGGCGGGGCGCGGUCCCCAGACAGCCGAGAUGGCGUUGAGCGACCAGCCGGCCGCGGGCGGCCCCGAGGAGGAGGCGGAGGAGGAGACACUGGUCUUUCGCGCGGCGCUGGAAGCGUUCGGCGAGAGCGCGGAGACCCGGGCGCUGCUGGGCCGCCUGUGGGAGGUGCACGGCGGCGGCGUGGCGCGCGAGGUGGCCCUGGAGCGGUUCCGCGUAAUAAUGGACAAAUACCAGGAGCAGCCUCAUCUGUUGGACCCACACCUUGAAUGGAUGAUGAACUUGUUGUUGGACAUAGUGCAGGAUCAGACAUCUCCAGCUUCCCUCGUGCAUCUGGCUUUUAAAUUUCUUUACAUCAUCACCAAGGUUCGAGGCUAUAAAACAUUUCUUAGUUUAUUUCCCCACGAAGUUGCUGACGUAGAGCCUGUUUUAGAUUUGGUCACAGAUCAGAAUCCCAAGGACCAUGAGACUUGGGAAACCCGCUACAUGCUUUUGCUAUGGCUCUCUGUGACCUGCCUGAUCCCUUUUGAUUUUUCUCGCCUUGAUGGGAACCUCCUCACCCAGCCUGGGCAAACACGAAUGUCCAUAAUGGACCGUAUUCUCCAAAUAGCAGAGCUUGUGUUUUUAUUUCCUUUUGGCAGAUUUAUCACACGUCCUGAUGUCAAGCGGAGCAAGAUGGCUGAGUUCCUGGACUGGAGCCUGUGCAACCUGGCCAGUUCCUCCUUCCAGACCCUCCAGGGGGUCAUCACCAUGGACGGGAUGCUGCAGGCCCUGGCGCAAAUAUUUAAACAUGGAAAACGUGAAGACUGCUUGCCCUAUGCUGCCACCGUCCUCAGGUGCCUCGAUGACUGCAAACUCCCCGAGAGCAACCAGACCCUGCUGCGGAAGCUGGGGGUGAAGCUUGUGCAGCGACUGGGGCUGACCUUCCUGAAGCCGAAGGUGGCGUCAUGGAGGUAUCAGCGUGGCUGCCGAUCCUUGGCUGUAAAUCUGCAGCUUCUCGCUCAGGGCCAGAGCGAGCAGAAGCCGCUCAUCCCGACCGAGGAUGCCGACGAAGAUGACGACGUCCCAGAGGGUGUGGAGAGCGUGAUAGAGCAGCUGCUGGUCGGACUGAAGGACAAGGACACCGUUGUGCGGUGGUCUGCAGCCAAAGGCAUCGGUAGGAUGGCUGGCAGGCUUCCCAAAGCCCUGGCGGAUGAUGUGGUCGGGUCUGUGCUGGACUGCUUCAGUUUCCAGGAGACCGACAAGGCAUGGCACGGGGGAUGUCUGGCGUUGGCAGAGCUGGGCAGGAGAGGCCUGUUGCUGCCGUCUCGACUUGUGGAUGUUGUCGCUGUGAUCCUGAAGGCGCUGACUUACGAUGAGAAGCGGGGUUCCUGCAGCGUGGGCACCAACGUCAGGGACGCCGCCUGCUAUGUGUGCUGGGCCUUCGCACGUGCCUACGAGCCUCGGGAGCUGAAGCCCUUUGUGACUGCCAUCUCCAGCGCACUGGUGAUCACCGCGGUGUUUGACCGGGAUGUAAACUGCAGAAGAGCAGCCUCUGCCGCCUUCCAGGAGAAUGUGGGGAGACAGGGCACUUUCCCGCAUGGGAUUGAUAUUUUGACCACAGCUGACUAUUUUGCUGUCGGUAACAGAACCAACUGUUUCCUGGUUAUAAGUGUGUAUAUUGCCGGCUUUCCUGAGUACACCCAGCCGAUGAUAGACCACCUGGUUACCAUGAAGAUCAGCCAUUGGGAUGGGGUCAUCCGAGAGCUGGCUGUGAAGGCGCUGCACAACCUGACCCAGCGAGCACCCGAGUACAGCGCCACGCAAGUCUUCCCGAGGCUGCUGUCCAUGACGCUGAGUCCAGAUCUACACACGAGGCAUGGGUCGAUUCUUGCCUGUGCGGAGGUUGCUCACGCCUUGUACAAACUUGCAGCCCAAGAGAACAGGCCCGUCACAGACCAUCUGGACGAGCAGGCAGUGCAGGGCCUGAAGCAGAUUCACCAGCAGCUCUAUGAUCGUCAGUUAUACAGGGGUCUGGGAGGAGAGCUCAUGAGACAAGCAGUGUGCGUUUUAAUAGAAAAGUUGUCACUUUCCAAAAUGCCCUUUCAAGGUGACACCGUAAUUGAUGGUUGGCAGUGGCUGAUAAAUGACACUUUGAGAUGUCUCCAUCUCAUCUCAAGUCACUCCCGACAGCAGAUCAAGGAUGCAGCAGUCUCAGCCCUGGCCACUCUCUGCAGUGAAUAUUACAUGAAGGAGCCAGGGGAGGCAGAUCCCGCAAUUCAGGAGAAGCUGAUCACACAGUACCUGGCCGAGCUUCGGAGCCCUGAGGAAAUGACUCGCUGUGGUUUCUCGUUGGCCUUGGGCGCCCUUCCAGGCUUCCUUCUGAAAGGCCGGCUCCAGCAGGUUCUCACAGGGUUAAGAGCAGUUACCCACACUUCUCCCGAGGACGGAAAUUUCCCUGAGUCGAGGAGAGAUGGCUUGAAGGCCAUUGCUAGGAUUUGCCAGACUGUUGGUGUGAAAGCAGGAGCCCCAGACGAAGCUGUGUGCAGCGAGAACGUUUCCCAGAUUUACUCUGCGCUGCUGGGCUGCAUGAACGACUACACCAGGGACAGCAGAGGGGACGUGGGUGGCUGGGUCCGCAAGGCCGCCAUGACCGGUCUCAUGGAUCUGACACUUCUGCUGGCUCGGAGCCAGCCUGAGCUGAUCGAGGCCCACAUCUGUGAGCGCAUCAUGUGCUGUGUGGCCCAGCAGGCCAGUGAGAAGAUCGACCGUUUCCGUGCUCACGCCAUCAGCGUGUUCCUGACGCUCCUGCACUUUGACAGCCCUCCCAUCCCCCACGUGCCCCACCGAGGAGAACUGGAAAAGCUGUUUCCCAGGUCCGACGUGGCCUCCGUGAAUUGGAACGCACCUUCCCAGGCCUUCUCACGCAUCACCCAGCUCCUCGGGCUGCCCACCUACCGCUACCCCGUCCUGCUGGGGCUCGUCGUGUCCCUGGGCGGCUUGACGGAGUCGACGGUCCGGCACUCCACCCAGAGCCUCUUCGAGUACAUGAAGGGCAUUCAGAGGGACCCGCAGGCCCUGGGCAGCUUCAGCGGGACCCUUCUGCAGAUCUGGGAGGACAACCUUCUGAAUGACAGGGUGUCCCUGCCGCUGCUGAAGACUCUGGACCACGUGCUCACCCACGGCUGCUUCGACAUCUUCACCACGGAGGAGGACCACCCCUUUGCUGUGAAGUUGCUUGCGCUUUGUAAGAAAGAAAUCAAGAAUUCCAAAGACGUCCAGAAACUGCUGUCAGCUAUCCUCGUGUUCUGCGGGAUGGUGCAGUUCCCCGGCAACGUGAGGAGGAGCGCCCUCCUGCAGCUGUGUCUGCUCCUCUGCCACCGCUUCCCGCUGAUCCGGAAGACCACGGCCAGCCAGGUGUACGAGACAUUGCUCACCUACAGUGACGUCGUGGGCGCGGACGUGCUGGACGAGGUGGUGACUGUGCUCAGCGACACUGCGUGGGACGCGGAGCUUGCAGUCGUGAGAGAGCAGCGCAACCGUCUGUGUGACCUCCUGGGUGUGCCCAGGCCCCAGCUGGUGCCCCAGCCUCAUGCCUGCUGAAGCCAGUCCUGGAGCCCGUACCUCACCCCUGCCUGGUGGGGAAUGUCUUGUUGCUGAGGGAGGCCGGUGUGGAAAGCCUGGCACGGUGGUGCCUCCAGCUGUUGAAGGGUAGCGCUGGCCCUCGGAGGCUGGCACCAGCGGACAGCUUUUCCUCUCUGCACCUGCACUCUAAUGACCUGGGCUGGAUGCCUCUGCCUUCACUUGAACACAGAUGUGCUUCCUAUAAAAUCAUGUACCAAGAAGUCCCUGCCUUCUGCCUCUGAGCCUGAUGCGUGUAGAGUGAUGGAGAGGCUCACUGCCCAGGGGUCAGCCUGAGGGGGUUGGGUUCCACUCCUCCUGCCUGGAGACCAGGCCCCCUUCUCGCCUGGUGCCGUCCCUGCUGUGUGAGAUGUCUGGCCACAGGUGGUGGUCUGCCCAGUCUUGGAGAGAGAUGAAUGUUAAAUCAGAGGUUCAAAUGCCAGAGAACUGACAAGCCCUGGUGGCAGGCAUGGUCUAGAGUGCUGCGCAGAUGCUGUUUCUGGGACCAUCUGCCUGGUGGGGGUGCUGUCCUCCCACCUGUGCACACGUGAGCAUCGUGAAUGUGAUCCCCCUGCAGUGCAAGGGUCACUGAUUGAUGGGUGUGCAGACCAGCAGCUUCACAAAUGUCUGCUGCAAGGGGAAUUGUCAGAGUCCAAUGUGUGCCUCUACAAUAAUACGGGAAAUACAAUUCUUGAAAUGAUUACACUGUCUUAGGAGAGCUUGGGCAGAGUCUACACUGAGGUUUUUAAGCAAAGGGCAGGAGGCUACCUUUGUCUCCGUAUCUGAGCUCAUGCUGAUCCAUCCCAAAGCUGGUGAGGGGAAUGUGUAUAAAAAUUUCACUGUGGUAGCAACUCACACCCAUCUACCUGGGACCUGUGCUGUGCUCACAGGGCUUGAGGUGCAGAACCACCGCCAGCAGCACCAAAGCAGCCUCAGGUGUGGCCACUCGGAGGCCCAAGGGCUUGGGUGAGCAGCCCUUUCCCUGGGUGAAGAGCCCAGGGGUGCCGUGUGCAUGGUGUAGAUUGGGGUGGCUCCCUGGCCUGCUCGCUCAGGUGGGGAUGGGGUCUGGACACAGGAACUUGGGCAGGCCCAGAACUGGGAGCUGCCGCCUGCAUCUGUGAGGCAAGGCUCAGUCGUGGUUCUCACUUGGGAGGGCACCAGGACCACAAGGCCAGGACUGUGACAGUUCAUGCUGUCUGUUCAGCAGACAGCGCUUCACGGAAUGUGUGUGGUGACCUGGCCACACAGGAGUGUGGGGUUCACACACUACCAUUCUUGUGCUUGACCUGGUGGCCAGCAGUCUUUAUCCCUUAAAAGAGCCUUGUGUUACAUUUUUACAAGAUUUAAACAUUUUAUUCCAACCUGUGUAAUUGGGGUCUCCUCCUCCUCGAACUGUCCCCUUGAUUGGCUGGGAUCACGUGGUGAGGGUCCUGGGUGACCAGGCCCAGCCUUGGCCACGAGUCCACACAGUGGAAAAGCUUCGGCUCCUGUGGUCAGCACACACGAGACUUGGUGGUUGCGCCUGCUGGGUGUGGAACUGGGGUGCACCGUUGCCAUGCCUGCAGCUCACAAAGCUCCUGCCUCCUGCUGGCCUGGGAUGCACUGAGGAUGGAGGGAACAAGUGGCUUCUGAGAAAAACAGGAAUUGUUCUUAGUGCAAUUAAAAGAAGAUUCCAGAGAAAUGGCAUUUUAAGACAUGGAGGCAGGUCGAUUCCCCACCCAGGCCCAUCAGUGACAGUGUGUGGCAAAGCAGUUCUUUCAAUGUCGGUCUAACUUAGCAACCUAAGGAAAGAGGACCGCUCCACUGGCUACUGCCUCUUUCCUACUGGAUCCCCUCCAUCACUGGGCACUUGUGCUCACCAGAUAACUGGUGACCUGGAAAGCCCUCUUUCAUUCAGCAGCCGUUUCUGGAGCCCACCAGGGUCCAGGUGAUGGAGUUUGGUGAGGAACCCCUUGCUCACAUGAUAGCUGGGGCAGACAAUAGCAAAUGAACAAGCAAGCACCAUCAAGGCAGGCAAUACUGAGCACUACGAGGAAAGAUAAAGUGGGCAAUGCAACGGUGUGUUGGGUGUUGACCCCUAGAAGAGGUGUUCAGAAAACUGCUCUGAAGGAGCAGCAUUUGGGCAGAAGUCCAAACAAACUGCCCAAUGGCAGAAAAGAGAAUGCUUGUGGUCCCAGAAGUGGAGCAAGCUUUGUGAGUUUAGAGAGCAGCAAGAAGCCAGUAUCCCUGGAAUCGGGGAGCUGGUGCAGGAUUUGUGCACCCACAAACACAUUCUAGGCACAAACCAGAAACCCUCCAUGUGAAAGCAGAGACCUUGGAGAUCCUGAGGGUUUCUGCUGAGCCCUGGAGUCCAGUCAUGCUGUUUUGAUAGCAGAAUGGAUGAGAGGGGAUAAGGCCCAGGUCCAGAUCUAAUAGGAGACCCCUAUAUAGAGCUGGGACCCUAAAUAAAUCUUUCUCAAAGGAACAGCGCAAGACUCUUAAUCUCCCCUGAAGUGGCCUGAAUUAAUACUAACUGUAUGAUCCCCAAAACUCCUAAAGUGGAAAAUUCGAUUGACUUGGCCUUGACCAGUGGUAUUCCCGGACAAGGGGCAGAAGAUGCAAAUAUAGGGUGCAGCACACCAACAUGGCACAGGUAUACAUAUGUAACAAACCUGCACGUUAUGCACAUGUACCCUAGAACUUUAAUAA